CUUGUCUGAUCACUGAAAUGCCUAUGCGUGCUUGUGGCUAGUAACGGAGAUGUCUCGAAUCUUGAAAAUGCAAGGUGUUUCAUCUGCGGUUGAUCGUCCUUUUCUCACGACGAGGCUCAAAGAGCGCCGAACGAAAGCCAAGAUAGCAUGCACAUUUUGCCGGAUUAAGAAGAUCAAAUGCGAAGGGGGUAGACCUUGUCCCAAUUGCGUGGAUCAUAAGGCAGAGUGCAUCUAUCCAGCUGCGCAACGUCAGAGAAUUCGAGUGCCUGAGCAAGAAAUUUCUUCGCUGAGAGACAGACUUUCGCGUGUUGAGACUCUGCUUUCUGCUUCCAAUGUUGCGUUCUCAAGGACUCAAGCUUCAUCAGCGCUUACGGCAUCGCACAAUGAAUAUUCUAUACCGCCCUCUCCUUCGUUACUUCAGAUUCCUGAUGGCGAUUUCGCUUCAGCAACACCGCUUGCCAAUAUUCGGACUUUGCCUUCAACUCCAGUACACACGCGCAGUCAGCAACCACCUUCGUCUUCUACUUCGUCGAGAAGCACUCUCCCUACUUAUUCGUCAGAAGCUCUGACGCAGCUAGGCAGAUCAGAAGACGAUGACGAUGGCAGCAGCUUUAUGCCACCAGAAGAAGAACUUACUUUUGAAUACCAUGGGCCUGGAUCGUUCCUCUCCAUAUGCUCGAAGUCUGGAGUGGAAUGGGUGCAGGGUAGAACAGGAGACAAAAAUUUUGCAAAGCUUGCACGAUUGAUCGCUCACAACGUAGCCCAGCGAUUAAAACUUGUAAAGGCGGUAACCUCUGGAAGAGAGCCGGAGCCAAGUCCCGAUUUGUCGUGGAAGUACGUGCGAGCCUUCUUCGAUGAAACACCUGAAUCUACUCUAGGGAUUAUCUGCCGAAAUUCGUUCGAAUCAAGACUACAUUCCCAUCUCCAGCAAACUUCGCAAAUGUCGUCCCCAGAGAGUGACGCGGCCUGGUAUGCUCUUCGGUUCGCCGUAUUUGCCAUCGGUUGUCGAGCAACUCUAGCAAAGGACAGUGCAUUAGGAUUCCGCGCUGCGCAUGAACAAAGUUGGAAGUACUUCCAGAAUGCGCUAUCUAUGUAUACGGAGCUUCAUUUUUCGAGAACCGGACUUAUGGCUGUUCAGGCACUUACGAUUAUGAGUCUUUACGCGGAAGGUAUUGAGUCUCCAGCGCUUGACUACAUGCUAGUUUCGAGCGCGUUGAAAUUGGCUGAAGCUAAAGGUCUCCAUCGACAGCCAGCCACAGCAUGGAAAUUGAGCGACAAAGCAAUACAGAUCAGAAGUUCCAUUUGGUGGUUUCUAUACACGUUUGACAGGCACAUUGCAUUUCGCUCAGGGAGACCGCUGAGUGUAGGUGACGAAAACAUCAACUGCCAACUUCCGAAGCUUGAGCCUGGGGGUGAAAAAUGUUUUGAAGUUUUUAUAUCCAUGGCCACUCAUGCCCAGAUUUCGUCUCAGAUCUCGACGACUAUAACAAGACUGAGAAGCUCUAAUCCGAAUGUAAAAGAGGUUGUUAGCACCAUUACACACCUUGAUCAAAAGCUUCGGUUAUGGCGGGCCCGGUUACCUCCGUACAUUGACUUUGACCAACCGUUCAAUGCAGAUCGGCUACCACCUUCUGUAUAUCCGCUUCAUUUCUUCUAUUUGUUUUUUUCCUAUUACGGCGCUCUGAUGGCAAUACAUUCCAUCAUUGUUCAGCCCUGGAACGCUAUUGCUGUUCAGCUCUGCCGCAACCAGAGUCAACUGACUCUGCUCAAUCAACAGGUCCAAAAAAGCGAUGAAAUCCUUGUUUCGGCAUCCAGAAAGAUCAUCGAGCAGCUCCCACAUGUCAAAAUUGAGCCUUCAACGCAUAAGUGGCUUGUCCUUACAUUUCCGCUGAACGCUGUAUUGAACCUUUUUGUCCACGUCCUACAACAACCUGCAUUUCCUAGCAUUGAAUCGGAUAUCAAUUUGAUGUACGCUGCAGCCGGGCAUUACAGCUAUCUAGAAUUUCUCUUGCCAGACCAAAGGUUUCCGUUUGUAAGGGAAUUGGCCAAUGUGGCUCGGAAGGCUGUAUCAGAAGCAAGAGCGAACUCGAAGAGCAAGCUAAAGAGCACAAAUAAUUUGACGAUCCCAUCCUCGUCGUCCGUUUUCCAAUCUUUCGGAGAGUCGUUCUUGACCGAGACUUUAUUUUACGACACAUUUCAGUUAAGUGGCUCUAGCAUGGAUGAUUUCAAUGACGAAGACUGGGGUACUCUUCUUGUGAGAGAUGACUGGAGCCACGAGUCACCGCUCAGCCUCGUUCCGUUAAGCGACACACCGAUGUUCUAGCAUUAUGUGAACAAAAGCAUGGCCAAAAGUUAUCUUUUCUAUGCGCACUUUUAUAAUUUAGCUAUUUCUGUCCAAAAUUGCGUCAGAGACUG